AUGGCCGCUAUCCAGCGCGACCAUCGGUCACGGCGCCGUGCAGGGGAGACUGUGUCACUGACUCCCUCAAUAUCUCAACUUGGCGUUUUUGAAGCUCUUGAUGGGCUUGGAGAAGCUGGGAAUCAUGGUCAACUACAGCCGAGUGUGUUUCCAGAGCAGAGCGAGAUAAGCAAGGAAGGGCACGACGAUGGACAGUUCUCCGAGUCCGAUGUUGAUGCCGAGGACUAUUUCAACUUACUACUUUCGCCUGUUCGACCACGAAGGUACCUUGAGCAAUUAGGGGUAGAGUGUGAUUCCGAUCCAGGGGACGAAGACAACAACGACGAUGAUGGUUCCAUGGAGGAAAGCUCUCUUCGCCAUCACUUGCAGCGGCAGCAUUCCACACAGCCAAGGCGUGGUCGCCGUGGCCCUGCCCCUGGUGCAGGAGGGCGGCCAAGACAAUCUCGAAGGCAAGCGCGAUCAUCGAAGCCGCCGCGACGGUACCGGAGUCCAGUGGUGAUUCCGCCUGAAGAAUCGGCGGUGUUGCACGCACAAGAUCCGGUGUGGAAUGGUGACCUCGACGCUUGCGCCUUGACUUGUCGUGAUAAAGCAAUCCUCCGUGAGUUCUGGACAAAGCUGGACAAUGACCAAAUGCAAUUUUGUGGUCGGUGUCAAGAGCGUUGGUUUCAGAUGAAGAUCGAUUCUGAUGGCCUUUGCGCGCGUUGCUGUUGGAAGGAUGAUAAACGCGGGCCCGGAGAGCCGUAUUUCUUCUCUGUGGACAACCAGUUGGAUUUUGGCUCCGUUCCGAAUCAAUUGCCCCAGCUUACACCCACUGAAGAGUCUUUAAUCGCCCGUGUUCACGUCCACGUGAAUAUUAUGCUUGUGCGGGGACAGCAGUACAAAUAUCGGGGCCAUGUUGUUCACUUUCUCCGCGAGGUCGGCUUGGUGUACAACCAACUCCCACUCUUACCGCAGGAGUUGAACACUGUAUUACUCCGUCCUGCCAAUACAUCAUCCCAUGCAAAUCUUAGCCGGCAGUUCACUCGCCAGUUUCGUGUACGCCGCCAACCAGUUGCCAUAUGGCUCAACUACCGCCGGCGCCAUCAUCCUGGCUACCGAUGUAUGGUCAUCAACGAAGAGCGGCUGAAUCAAUUGCCUGACGAUGGCAACGUCCUGGAUGCAAUCCCCCAGAGCCAGGUGGAAGCUGCCGAUGUUGGACCUGAGGAUGAUCAGGAGGCAGAACCAGACCUUGUGGACGAGGCUGCGGUGCCGGAUCUCUUGGCUAAGGACACGGAGCUUGAUGCUCUGCAGUCCAUUCUCGCCGGAGAAUCAGAAACUGACCCAGGACCUGCCACAACCAUCCAGGCGCAGACGCAGCGCCAGUUGCAGCUUCCGAAUAUACGGCGCACACCCAUCAACGAGUUUAAUCGCUCUCAAGCUCUACUCUCUUUAGCAUUCCCAUGCCUCUUUCCUGACGGUAGAGCCGACUUUGUUGAGCCGCGAUUGCGCUCAAUUGAUUACAAGGACUACAUCGAGCAUGCACAUGCUAUGCGUUGGCAUGACGGGCGUUUUGCACGCCACCCUACCUUCCGUUUCGUCGCCUUCAAUACUCUGAUGCGGUCACAAGCCCGUGCACGGUCCAAAUUCUUCGUGAAGCAAAAAGGUGGUAGUCAUGAACCUCUCACACGGGAGCAGCUUAUUCAGGCACUGGAGCACAGCGAGGACCCUGAGGCACAGGCACUGAUCAACUCAAUUACAAGACAUGCGAAGAGGCAGGACCUCGAGGCCUAUGCCUACAACCUUGGAUGUCCUGGUGCAUUCAUCACAUUCAGCCCGGCAGAUUUACACUGGAGAAGUCUCUACCAACACAUGCCCCGAUACGAUGAGUGGCUGGCUGCGUCCGAGUUGGAGAGGAUGGGUCUCUCACGCCAACUUUUGCGUCAGAAUCCUCACAUUGCCGCUUUCCACUUCUACCGACGAUACUGCUUCUUCCGAGAUAUAGUGUUAAGCAAGAAGUUCAACAUUACGGAUUACUGGGAUCGGUAUGAAUGGCAAGGGCGCGGCAGUCCGCACAACCAUGGCCUGUACUGGAUGGAGAAUUGCCCCGGAGUCGACUUGGGUGAUGAAGCCGCCCGUGAUGUAUUUGCACGCACGUGGGGAUUCCACAUCACUGCCAUUAACCCCGAGCCGAGUAGGACUAUGCCUGAGGGUGAGGGUAACCCCCUAAGCGUAGAUCCACUGAACACAGAAAUGACAUUCCUGCGGCUCUCACAAAUCGUCAAUCGUUGCCAGCGUCACAGGUGCAAUACCACUUACUGCCUGCGAGAGCAACCAUCCCCGCCAGCCCCGCCCAGAGUUGACCUCCGCGUCUUCAUUCGCUUGAACGAAGACUCCCUCUCCUGGGACUGGGAGAGCUAUGCCAUCCGGACCCACAUCGCCGGUCGUCUCGGCAUUGAACUCGGCCGCGUCCCGCAGGCAUCGCGUACUAAGACCGGAUGGGCUGUCCGCAUCGCCGACCUCACCACCCGUGACCUUCUGAUACAGCAGCAGUCAGACUGGAUUGACGAACUUGGGGCCAUCAAGGCCGAGGCCAGCCAGAAGUGGUAUACGUACAUUGUUGAUGACUGCCCCCGACACCUCUACGACCUCCAGGGACAACCCGUUGACCAAGAGGCAGCAACACUAGAGGAGAUAACAUCGCAGACCGGCCUCGAACCGGUCAGCGUUCGCCCGACCAGAAGUGGCUCCGACCAACUGCCUACCAAGUCCCUUUUGGUCUCCUUUCUAGAACCGACUAAAAGACGAUGGCGGCUGUUUGGCUGCAGCAGACUGGCAAGACCGAUCAUCAAGGCACCUCUGCUGUCGCAAUGCGAGAACUGCUGGGACUACCACUCCAAGUACGGAUGCAACCACGAAGCUCACUGCAAACGCUGUGGCAAGAUCGGCCACGGACACGAAGAAUGCUCCGCGCCGGAGCAAUGCGUCAACUGCCUGGCGCCCCACGCCGCCGACUUUCCUAUCUGCCCGGCACGCCCAAAGAGGAUUCACGGGGCCAUCCAAAGGCUCACGAAGCCCCAGAGGGACCUGGUCAGACAGAACGGAGCCAGCCUCUUCCGACAACACAACAUGGAGAUUGUUGCGCCUGCUGAGGCAACCCCCUCCAGCCCUCACCCACCCAUCUCUUCGCCGUGCGCGCGCGAACCCCCUGCCACUCCUGAAUCGGAUGAUAGCGAAUCCUCCCAAAGCCUUCCUACAGGACCCCGAAUCUUCCAAGCCAACGUGGGCAAAGGCGGCCCAUCACACGACUGUGCCCUCGCACUUGCCGACGCAGAGCGAUUCGAUCUGAUACUACUACAGGAGCCCUGGACCGAUAUCAAAGAAGGCCGAUGCCUCACCAAGACUCAUCCCGCCUAUGACGCAUUCUCCCCGGUGGAUUACUGGGACGGCCCCAGCACGCGGCCCCGGGCGGUUAUUACCUACGCUGCGAAGUAUUGCAGCAAAUCUGAGAAGAAGACUGAGCCUUACUGUAAACUUGCAGACCAGGUUUUGCCGCACACGGCACACUUUCAGCCCCUCUUAUCCUUCUCCUCUCGCCUGAUGAAUAAGCUGAUUGCCGAGAGAGAUUACUCGGCGCAGGAGAUUUCCCAUCUGCUGCUUAACAUCCCUCUGCAGGAAGGCACGCGGAUGGUAGUGUCUGUCGACUGCCGUCCGUUGGAGCAACAUGCACGUUCAUAUCGCGUCGAUGAAGGUGUCAAUGAGACCAUCGGCAGCUACAAGAAAUAUCUCGAGAGGAAUGACCAACAUGAAGAGAUAAGCUACCUCGAGUACCUGCAAUCGUACAAUCUCAAGACGUGGAGGAGACUCGCUACCAACGCGAAGAAGAGAGUCCUUUCUUACUUUCCUCGAUACAGGUCCAUGGAAGCGUCUCCCCAGUUCAAUGACUUCUGCCGUGUUAAGUUGAUGAUGGUUCAUACCCGUCGCUCUCCACAUGAGUUGCUCGUUGUGGACGGGUUGCAAUUCGAUUCCUUCGCGGCUGCGUACAAGUCUUGCAGAGAGCACCAUGAUACCCAUUCGGACGAUCAUCAUGGGGAGCCAGCAACAGAUGAACUGAGGGCGGAGGAAGAUGAAUUCGAACUUGAGAUCCAUGAAGAGCCCAUUGCAGACGAGGACUGGCAUGAACUCGCCCGCAUGCUUCCGGACCGCCCGCUGGAGGAAGAGAAUAUCGAUAUCCUCGGCCGCCGAGACAUCGAUAUCAAUUAUGACUGGGCCCCCCCACGUUGGACGCUAGGCGACUACUACGAGUAUCUAAACGCUAAAGAAGAAAGAGAAAACAGAAUAAGAAAAGGAGAGCUCGAGGAGCUCCUGAGCUCCUGA